UAUAUAAGACCAUGAUUGCCUGAAACACGGAAGUCGAAUCAGUUGCAAGCUGGACGUGAGCUGCGCAUUGAGCUAUUAAAUUCAUUACGAUGCUUCGCGUAACGAUCGGUUUGCUUUUUACAUUAGCGAUAUUUUCUACAAACGUAUUUGCACGACAUCAAGCACCAAUCCGUUGUAUUCGGCCAAAUGAAGAAUAUCAUUGUGGAUCGGCUUGCCAGGCAACUUGUUCCACAUUGGGACAACCGUGUCUCAUAGCAAACAUCAGAUGCAAUGACGACUGUUAUUGCAAAGAAGGAUAUGUACGAAUGGAUGAUGGUGAAGGUCGGUGUAUUCCUAAAGACCAAUGUCCUAUUAACUAAGGAAGUAACAUUGGAAAGGAGAGUAUGCAUAUAUUGCCUUACGAUAAAAUAAUGUGACAAUGACUAAUAGUUUAACGAUAAUUGAUUAUAUUGAAUAAUUUUAAUCUGUUAUCCCUAUGUUUAUCUUAAUUGAAUAUAUAACUACUUAAAAAGGAGUAUAUUUUUUCACGUGGGUAUAAAUUGUAAUAAAUUUAUUCAUAUUAUAUACAAUUAUAUCGUUAUUAUUUUUCAGUCCUGCAUAAAAAAUAUAUAUUAAAUAAUUUACUUUUAUGUGAGACAGUUAUUAAUGCUUAUAAAACACGAUGUAUUCUCGAAUAAUAAUAUUCUUUAAAUAAAUUAAAUUUGAAAUAAAUUGCUUUGCAUA